GCUAACUAUUUCAAUCCACCAUCCUUAUAUUUUAACAUUUUUACACACACCCCCCUUAAUUUAUUUAUUUAACUUUUUUUUCAAAUAAUCUAGUGGUUAGAGCUGACACAAUUAAUUAUGAAGAAGAAAAGUGUUCUGGGUUCGAACCCGACGUCUGCAUAUAAAAUGCAAUAUCCCUACCAACUGAAUUAAGUUUAUGUUAAUUUAUUUAUUAAUCCAUUUUAAUUAUUAGUAUUAUUUUAUUCUCCUUUUUCUUCAACCUACUUCUAGGUUACUCCAACCUUCAUUUUCACUCUCACAACACCAAUACUAAUUUAUUCUCAAUUGCACAUCAAACAUAUAAUACGCCGUGCACUCAACAAUUCUUAUUCUUCCAAACCAAAGCAAUCCAAUCCAUGGCGUCACUAACACCUCUCUACCAAAUCCAAUCCAUUUUUCAUUAUAAAACCAAUUACCCCCAAUUCUCAACUCAUCAAUUCCGUUCCAAUUUCUUCUUCCAAAAGAAACUAUCAUUCUCCUCGUUUAACAGGAUGCCUCCUAUGAAACAAUCGACGGUUAUUGUCUCGGCGACUUCGGCAGCGGCGGAGAAGAAGCGUCAUCCAGGUGAGUCAAAGGGGUUUGUGGAGGAGAUGAGGUUUGUGGCUAUGAGGUUACAUACAAAGGACCAGGCUAAAGAAGGUGAGAAAGAAGUUACAGAGCCUGAAGAGAGAGCUGUCACAAAGUGGGAACCUAGUGUUGAUGGGUAUUUGAGGUUUCUUGUUGAUAGCAAAAUUGUUUAUGAUACUCUUGAAAAGAUUGUUCAAGAUGCUGCUUAUUCUGGUGUUUGUUGUGUAGAUGCUGAAUUCAAAAAUACUGGAUUGGAAAGGUCUGCAAAUUUGGACAAAGAUUUGAAGUGGUUCAAGGAGCAAGGUUAUACCAUUCCUGAACCUUCAUCUCCUGGUCUUACUUAUGCUCAAUAUCUUACAGAUUUAUCUCAGAACGACCCUCAAGCCUUCAUUUGCCACUUUUACAACAUCUACUUUGCUCAUUCAGCUGGCGGUCGAAUGAUUGGGAAGAAGAUUGCUGGUCAGUUACUUAACGACCAAGCUUUGGAGUUCUAUAAAUGGGAUGGCGACCUUAAGCAGUUGUUGCAGAAUGUGAGGGACAAACUGAAUAAAGUUGCUGAAGAAUGGACACGAGAAGAGAAAGAUCAUUGUCUGGAAGAAACAGAAAAGUCAUUCAAGUUCUCAGGAGAGAUUCUGCGUCUAAUUCUAUCAUGAUAAGGGACCAGCUAUUAUGUGUAAUUAGUGUGUUGAAGUGCAUGGCAUAAGCCAAUGCCAAUAACAUUGUUUCAUUAUAUGUAUAUAUAAAAAAAAUGUUGAUCUUAUAUGUACUGUUCAAUUUCAAUUUGCGAUGGAAUAAUAGCAUUUUGUUGAUUACUUGCUGA